AGUACGAAGGAUCAUAUACAUAUUUUUGACCUGCUCUCUACAACUAUGCCUAAGAACUCCGUGCAUGGCAAUGUAGCUGGGAAAUCGGAGAGGCGGUGACUUUGGAGCCUGAGCUGCAGUUCAAGGUGGCGAAACCGAAACCCGAAAAAUGCACUGCAGACCGAUGUCCUAGGGCUCCUGCGGGAGAGGACCCACUUUUUGCUUUUUCUCCGUGCAGGAGUUGCACCGGUUGGUCUUUGCCGGCGACCGCCAUGGCGUCCAGCGGGGGAGCUGCGGAGGGAGGCACUGGAGCCAGCCUGCUUCCCGGCUUUCAAUGCAUAGUCCGGAUUCGUCCACCGCUGCCAUCGGACAAAGAAGCGCCUUCCGUCACGUGGGACGUAUAAAAUGCGAAUUAGGUAGUCUGGCUCUGGGUGGGUCGGGAAGACCGGGCGCGUUUGCUGGUGUGGUUGGUUGGUUGGUUGGUUGGUUGGUUGGCUGGCUGGAUAGCGUCUGUCGCCAGUCGUGCAGGUUCCGCCCUCCACGAUCGUGCUGGAAGCCAGAUCCGGAAUAGCCGGACACCGACGUUUGUCAUGCAUCUGCUCGACCACAUAGGAUACGAUAGAUGGGCUGGAAAGCACACAGCAGCGGAAGCAUAUAAUAAGUGCAAGCUGCUUUGCCGAGGCCUCUUGGUGCCUGUUCCGCAUGAGGGGAUCAUGCGCUGGCUGUCGCUGUUUAGUAAGAAGUGGAAAGCUUUUGACGCAGGCGCUCAAGCAACACAAGUUUUUCUUUUUGCGUGUUGACCCUUUGGUUGCAUUAGACCCAGACCCAGACGUACUUGUUUGCAACGCAUAGGACGAGGCCGCCGACAAAAUUAUCGUGCAAGGCCAGCCGACGUCACGAGAAUAUGUGGGCUUCUUAAGACUACAAAAAGUGGGGCAUUGGGAAUUGUAUUGAGAAAGGAAAAAUACUGAAAAAAUUGUCACUCAUGGAUUCACUUGCAUUGGUCCGGCUACAUCAUCUUCACUGCGUGACGAGAAUACGCCAUCAGUUUUUGCAAGAACUUCUCUCAGAAUGACAAGUAGUAUCUUGUCGCGUCUGUCCAAAGAACAAGGUAACAAGUAGCCAUGCUCUCGUUGGAAGUAGCCAUGCUCUCGUCGCUAUCCUUCUGCAAGUGAAUCAAUAUGAAUGGGGCGCUUCUACUUGUUGUCCGAGGCGGUAAAGCAUUACUUAGGAUUCGUAUCUUGGAUCCGCGUUGGUGUGUAUGUGUGUGUGGCGAUUCAGCUUUUCAAUACCUUCGCCAAUUCUAACCAUGUUUAACCUGUAAGAUUACCGCUUGUCGUCCCGCCCGGAAUUUCGCAAGAAGAUGCUUUUCGGAGGUACCGAAAUCAACGCACUUAGUUGCCAUAUAGUAUCGCAGUUUUUCUUGACGUCAUAAACCUCCUGCUGCCGAGUCGUACUUAUAAUGCGAAAAGAAGAAGGAAUUUGGUCAUACCAAAAAACUGGACCAAUUUGUGUCUUUUUCGUCCGCUUGAACUUCAAGGAGAAAAAAGUGAUCAAAAUGGCCAUGCCGGAAGAUUCCCUAAAACAUCUUUUCUUUUGUUUCAGGAUGAACGUGGAUGGCUUUGUGGAUGCAAUCUUGAGCGGUUUUCACGCGACUAUUAUGGCGUACGGGCAGACUAUGCAAGAAAAAAAUUGAUGUGUAUAGUGAUGAUGUAAGUCUGUGGUGCAAAAAAUAUACAUGCAACAGGGUUGCGGCUGAGGUUGUCGUGCUGGUCCACACUAGAAAGAUUUGUAAUGCUGCCAUAAAAAAGUUGCACUAACUGUCAUGAAUACUUCGACUUUUUUUCUUGGAUACAGACAAGUAGCGGCAAGACGCAUACCGUGAUUGGUAGCACGCAGGCGCUGGACGGAAUCGUGCCCCAGGCAAUCGAACGCAUUUUUGCCCGAAAGAACGACCGAACCUCGAAGACGGUGAAGAUAAAAGCAAGCUUUAUUGAAAUCGGAAACGCGCCUAUCAAAAAAAAAAAGUUCGUUUUGAAGAUCACGCAGCUUUGUAAGGCGAUGUCCCUGUGGUCCUGCCUAGAAAUGCAUCCAAAUGAGACGUCAUACAGGAUUUCCCUAGUUUUUCUGCAAUACAACAAGAAAUCUUUCGUGGUCGAAGCCAAGAAAAAGCGCCACGUAAUACCUGAAACUCAGUGACUAUCGCAACAAACUUUUUGCUGUCUACAGCGACGGGUCUGGUGAACGAAUGUAUCACGGAUCUGCUCUACCAUUUUGAAAAGUGCCCCGCUUCCCGAAGUGCGAGAUUUUUCUCAUGCAGAGUUUCGUUCCAAAUGCAAAUGGUAAUGGACAUGGGGACUUGUCUUGCACGAAAGGAGAAGGACGGCGAGUAUUCCUGAUUCAGAUUAUAGUAGGACUGCAGAGCAUCUCUUACAUGGUAGGCCUUGCGGUCUCUGGGCCUUUUUGUAACGCGUGAUUGUUCUUUUACGAAUCUCAUCUGCAUUAGAAAUUUUUUGCGUUGCGUUUGCUCGAGAAUGUUUCCAUUCGGAACUUUUGCAAUGCAAACACUCCCCCGCCUUUUCCAGAGUCAGUAGGGGCGAUUUUUCAAUAUGAUACGCUCGACCCGAAAAAAACCAACUUGGCCAUCCGGCAAAAUGAGAAGCGGGAGCCCUACAUCGCAGACCUCACAAUGGUCGAGUGCGACACCGCAGACGAUGCAAUCAUGGUGCUGCAGGAGGGAGCAAAGUUCCGCCGCACGUCUAGCACCAAGAUGAACGCCCGGAGUUCGCGAUCCCACAGUCUUUUUACGCUUUACGUGGACCUCCCCGAUCUGCAAAGGUACAGAUUUUUAGCUAGCACAGUAUCAAAUGUAAAAAUGUCUGGGUCUGGAAACUUGUGAUGCUGAAUUGCGCAUGAUUGAAGCGCUUCCAAUGGCAGCCAAGCAUGACAAGUUUUUGAGAGGGCUGCUGAUGCCUAGCACGCAUUACAAAUUGCGUUUUCGCAUGACAAAGGAAGCCUCUGUUUUGCUGCUCAUGCAACACAGAUUUUCCAGGAAUGCAUGACACGCAUUACAAGUUUCAAUUUUCCAGACCCAGACAUUUUUGCACUUGAUACACAGUGCCGGUAGUUGAUGUGACGUGAAUGCAUCCGCGUUCUUUAUUCCCAUGACAUCGACUGUAAGAUGUAAUAAUUUGCCGUUGCCCUAUAAAAAGAUGAAUUCCAGAGAAAGUAGAUGUAGAACCGGAACGACUUGUCACUUGUGAACAAAGAGACGACAUUUCAGUGCAAUGGCAUUUUUAUCGCCCGUGACAAGGGACACUGCGUCGCGAGACAGAGAUUACCAAAAUUAUUAAAACUCAAAUUUGUCCUGCAUUCUUUUGUUUGAAGUUGAUACAUAAAAAUAGGUAGCGUAUUUAUGGUAGCUACUUAGUGGACGCCGACGCAUGAGACGUGCGUUCUUUUGUGGUUGCUUGCAUUAAGCAUAAAGGAUAAAAAAGCACUGCCCUGGUUGUAAGGUUCGCGAAGUUUCAAUUUGUGGAUCUGGCGGGGAGCGAGCGCGUGAAGAGUACUGGUGCUGAAGGGGUAAGUAUCAUGAGAAAAAACUGUUACAGUUCCACACCGUGUUGCAGAACGUGCAAGACAGAGGACCUCUCUCAUGCUGCGAACGCAUGCGACCCUCGUUUCAUACGUGUUUUCUCUUCGGAUCUAUGCAUUGCAAGUUAAUUUCAUCCCUGCAGUGCAGAGCUGCAAGUUUGUGUUGCUAAAGUUGCAGCAAAUGUGUAACUGUAUGUAACACUUUUUUCUUGGGAUAGUAACGUUGAAGGAAGCUCAGACCAUCAACAAGUCCAUCAAAAGGAAAAAUCCCCCCUCCCCAUACCAAAACGAAACUUUUGAUGCGGGAUUUGCAUACACAAAUGCAAAGCAGUCUUGCAGAACAGGAUUGUAGGCAUAUGCGAAGCCUGAGCAGAGCCAGAGAGGUUUUGACAUAGUCGCCCAGCAUGACAGAAGUCUACGCUGUAGGACCAAGAGCAUCACAAACCGCCGGCAUAAUGCGGAGGAGCCUGCAGGCUUGCCUUCUUGCAAGACAGAGAUGAUCUGAGGCCACAUAUCAGCAUUGCAAAUUUUCAGAGGUUUGCGUUUUCGAUAUUGGGAGGGGGAAUUUUUCCUCACAAUAAAGUCCUUGUUUACGUUAGCGCAGGUCAUCAUGGCGCUCACACAGGGAAAGUCGAACGCCCACGUGCCCUACCGAAACGCUAAGAUUACGGAGCUGCUGUCAGACAGUUUCGGCGGCAAUGCGUACUGCAUGAUGAUCACCUGCAUUAAUCCCUGUAGCGCCGACGAAAGCAACCAGACGCUGCAAUACGCCACACGGGCGCUCAACAUAGAGAAUCGCCCCGUCGCCAACCGCCUUCCUGACUCCGCUUCGACCGCCAAAAGCAAUCAGCUAGGUAAGCGAUCUUUAUUGCAGUAGUCCCUUGAUCGACGCUCUCCUCUUAGCCGAAAAUCAGAGGUAUUCUUUGUACCAUAGCAUGGCCACCUUUUUGUUGGAAAUUAGUUUAGAUCAACUAGGGCUUACUGUGUGCUACUUUCUCACCCUAAAAAUCAGCGGCUGAGAACGCGAGGCAGGAGGCCGCGGAGUUGUUUGCUGCCGAAAAGUAUGCACUUCAGAUUGGUUUGGCUCUGCCUCUGGAAAGAAUUUGAAACUGUUUGGUCUGGAUGACAGAUAAACAGACUUUUGUCACCAGAUGCCCUGUGCUUGAGAUAUGUUGGAAUGCGCUUUCGUUCGUAGCGCACAUUAUAUUGCACCGCUAUGGCAUCGCAGAAAUUUCGGUGGUGCUUUCCGAGUUAACAUACAAGAUCACGAUCAUUUUGUGAACGACGGACACGAAUCUUCCAUGAUUUUUCCAGACGCGAAGUAGCUCUUCGUUGCAAUGCAUAAGAAAGCUUCCAUGUCGAGUGAAAAUGCAGCGCUCAUCGAACAGCUUGAGCAGAUGCGUAUGAUCGUAACUUGAGCUCGUGAAAAUUUCUCAAUGUGGUGGAAGCAAGUUUUGCGGCAAUUUUGCGUCAAAAAAAUUUGCUCUUCAUGUUAGUGAAUUAUAAAAGUGCACAAAAAUCGACGCAAAGGUGUAUUAUUUAAUAAUGUCCAGGUGCUAUGCCUAUGUAAUGUAUCGGGGAGCUGUGAAAGAACAAGAAGCAAGAAGAGGAAGUUUUCCAUGCGCCGAUUGAAUAAGGGAGCAGACAGUGCCUCUGGCACAUGCUCGGACCAAUAAGUACUAUAUCGAGAUGAUAUCGCACUGAGGUUUGAAAAAGCUUUAGCUGUUGGUUCCAUCUUGAAGAAUUAUUUUCAUGCAAGCCUGCUUUCAUAUUGCGCCGGCAGAAUGAAGACAUGCAAUUGCAGAUGAACCGGCUCCACGAAGACAUGCAAGUGCAAGAGAACAACCAUAAUAACAAUCCGCAGGAGCAGUAUCGAAACAAGAAAGUUGACCAUUGCAAUUGUGCAUUUUGUGCGAGAAAUGCAAACCCGAAAAAAAGUUGUAGCACUCAAAUGUCGUGAGUGCCACCCGCUUCAUAUCAAAUGUAAAAAUGUCUGGGUCUGGAGAAAUGCAAUCUGUAAUGCUAUUUCUGGAAUCCAAAAAAAUCUGUAUUGCAUGAGCAACAAGAGGCGUCCAGUUUUUGAACCGCGGAGAGGGGAUUUCUCAUGCGGGAUAGGCAUCAAGAUGCGCGCAAAAAACUUGUGAUGCUGGUGCAUACAUCACAGACAUCACGGGUCAUGUAAAAUGUGCAUGACAAACCUUGCAAUCUUCCAGACCCAGACAUUUUUGCAUUUGAUACUUCAUGUGUUUGUACAACUACUCAUGCUCUCUUCGGAUGAUGAGCGACCUAGUUCGGUAAGUUUCAGUUUCGCUGAAUGCCUUCACCUACUUCACGAUUGUGAUGGGACUUUUUCGUCCCAUUGGGGGGAUCCGCUUCCGCACGGCUAUACCAACGUAUCAAAUGCAAAUAUGUCUACAAGUAUUUCGGGAAGAAUGGAAUCAUCUGUCAUGCAUUUUUUGGACCUGGAUGAGAUGACGAUGAAGCACGACAAGAUGAAGAUAUGCGGAGGCUUUUCCAUGCCUACUCUGUAAUAUGAGACAUACCCUCGUCUUGGGGGAACAAAAACCGCACAGCUUUUGCUGCCUUCGCAAAGCAGAUCCUUGUGCACUGCAGACUCAGCAUCACAAGUUGCCACGUAGUUCCAAACCACCUAGAGGACAUAGUAUUUGCAAUGCACGCAACGCGCUAGGAAGCAGCUAUCAGCCGCAUCCGCAUCAACCUCCUUCGCACUUCAUGGGGCAGCUACCACCCCUCGGCAGUAUAGG